UUUGUUUGUUUCAGUUUUAUAAACUGUGCAAUCGCUGGCAAAUCGAAGUCGACAAAAAUCCGCAAACAUUUGACAACGUGCGUAAAUUCUUGAAAGGCAAGGAAAUGCUGGCCGCCCUUAAAAAUGUUCAAAGAAAAAUACAACAAUUCGAUAUUAGCGUUAACGAUGUCCGUCUUAUCUAUACAAUCUGCGCAUUCGAAACUGCUUGGAAUCGCCAUAAGGAGGCAUCUGUAUGGUGUCAACUACUUGACAAGAAUUCAUUGGAAAUUCUUGAGUUUGCCGAAGAUCUAGAGUAUUACUGGAAUGACGGUUAUGGUUACAACUUAACAUAUCGCAUCGCUUGUCCAACCGUCCAGGAUAUGUUUAAACACAUCGAACCUCAGUCGUCUUUACCAAACGCCACAUUUUACUUUACCCAUUCAGGAACUCUAUUAAAACUGAUGGCGCACUUAGGUCUCUACAAAGACAGUUCUCCGUUAACUUAUAAGAAUUUUAAUAAAAAGCAGCGAGCUUGGCGCACAAGUCUUAUUGAUUCGUUUGCUACAAAUUUGGCUUUCGUGCUAUAUGAAUGCGAAAACUCCAAGCCGAUGAUCUUAACAAUGCAUCAAGAGCGCGUAGUAUAUAUACCAGGUUGUCCACGUAAUUCUGAUCUUUGCAGUUUGCAAACAAUCCGUCAACUUUUUGCCGCCAGUGUGGAAAAUUGCGAUUUCACUAAAAUAUGUUCAAAAAACCCCGAAUCGAAUUAAAAGAAAAUGUAACGACCAGCAUACACCAACACACGCACUAAUUAUGUCAAACGCUUUUGCGAAUCGAUAUAUUUGUGAUUCAAUAAGUUUAUAUAAUUAUGUAUAUCGUCACAGAAACAGUGUUUACUUGAAAGAAGUCAACGUGUUCGCAUCCACGUAUUAUAUGUAUUAUACAUGUAAAUAAAAGCAUAGUCUAACUUUUAAAUACAUGCAUAUCUAUUAUGUAUGUAGUGAACAGUGCACUAAUUAAUAAUAUGAGUUAAUAUACUAUUUUUAAGCUAUAAAUGAUUAGUCAAAUAUACUUUCAUACAUUUGCAUGCUCCCUCUUCUUAUAUCUAUGAUUACGAAUAGUAAAUUUACGAAUAAUUCAUG